AGUGAUGAUAUAAACAAGAUCUCAAAGGCGGCUAAAAUAAUGGAGCGGAUGGUGAAUCAGAACACAUUUGAUGACAUUGCACAAGAUUUUAAGUAUUUUGAGGAUGCCUCGGAUGAAUACAGAGACCAACAAGGAACUCUCCUCCCACUCUGGAAGUUCCAGUUUGACAAAACCAAGAGACUUGCAGUUACUGCCCUCUCCUGGAAUCCAAAGUACAAGGACCUAUUUGCAGUGGGGUAUGGCUCUUAUGACUUCUUGAAGCAGGGCCAAGGCAUGCUCCUGCUAUACACCAUGAAGAACCCUUCCUUCCCAGAGUAUGUGUUCAGCAGCGAGAGUGGCGUCAUGUGCCUGGACUUCCAUAAUGACCAACCCUACCUCAUGGCGGUGGGCUUCUAUGAUGGCAAUGUGGCCAUCUACAACCUGAAGAAGGCAACCUCCCAGCCCAGCUGCAAGAGUCGUGCUAAGUCAGGAAAGCAUAUGGGGCCAGUGUGGCAGGUCAAGUGGCAGAAGGAUGACAUGGACAACAAUUUGAACUUCUUCUCCAUCUCCUCAGAUGGACGGAUUGUUUCAUGGACUUUAAUUAAGAAUGAGCUGGUUCAUACAGAUGUCAUCAAGCUGUCAGCAGAAGGAACGACAAAGCAGGGGCCAGAGGGGCUGCAGCUGCAAACACUUGGCUGCGGGACAUCAUUUGAUUUUCACAAAAAGAUAGACCAUUUAUUUCUCGUUGGUACUGAAGAGGGAAAGAUCUAUAAGUGUUCAAAAUGCUAUUCAAGCCAGUUUCUGGAUGUGUUUGAAGCCCAUCACAUGGCUGUGGACUCAGUCAGCUGGAAUCCCUACCACUUGAAAGUCUUCAUUUCCUGCAGCUCUGACUGGACAGUCAAGAUCUGGGAUCACACCAUCAAGACUCCAAUGUUUAUUUAUGACCUGAACUCUGCUGUAGGGGACGUCACGUGGUCCCCUUACUCCUCCACAGUCUUUGCUGCAGUCACCAUCGAUGGCAAG